AUGAAAAUUUUAAGUUAUUUUGACUUACUCUGGGAAUUGAAUCUUCCAAGCAACAUAAACUACGAAAAUGUGUCGUACUUAGCAAUUACAUCAUGCAAAUUCGCCGACCUACACUUUUCAAGUCUGCCAAACGCGCAAAUAAUUCGGCAUAUAUUGAUCCAAAACAUCAGCGGAAGUUUAAAAUUUGAACCUUUUGUGAUAUCAAAAAAAUUAGACACAUUCAAGUUGAAAAAUAUCCAAAAAAUACCAAUAAUAACUCACGACACAUUCACAAGCAUAUCGAGCAUAGAAACGUUAAUGAUUGAAGACACACGGAUCGACCAAUUCGACGAACAAUUCGCCCAUAUAAGCAUCGAUAAUUUCAUCUUGCGCAACGUCUCAAUAAAGCAAAUGAUCGGUAUUAAUUUUUCCGGGCAAGGCAAAACAUUGAAAAUAAUCGACACGAUAAUACGCAAUGUGGCGGGUGAUUUGAAUUUCGCGUACUUCGAGUCAAUUGAAAUUAUAAAUUCGACAUUUGAAUUUGAAAAACCUGGCGACAUACCAAUCGAAGGUUUGAACGCACAAAUUAUUAACUGCGUGUUUUUGAACGUCAGCGUUAAUUUAGUUGUUAAUGAGAAUAUUAAAUUAAAGGAUAAUUGUGCUGAUGGUAAAAGUUCGAUGAGAUUAUCGUCGAGGUAUGUCUACAGUGUUGGUAAUAGACUACCAACAGAAAUAAUUUACACGCAAAAUCGCACAAAUUCUGUUUUGUUUCAUAAUAACAAUAAUACUGUAUGCAUUGCCGGGAAUUGUAAGUGUCCGAAAAGUGCUGGUUAUAAUUCAUAUUAUAAAUUUCACGCUAAUAUUUAUCUUUCUAUUUUAUUACUUGUCGGGGUUUAUAAUUUAUAA